UUUUUCUAGGAAAGGGAUAAAUUGAUGUAAAAGAAAGCAAAACGGCUGAAAAUGGGUUCAGAGGACAGGAAAAGCAAGAGAAACGAUGAAGUAUGGAAUGAAAGAGAUGACGACUUUGAAGAUAGUGACGACGUUGUCCAAGAUGAGUGGACAACCGACCUUACUGAUUCUACACAACCGGGUGCAUCCGGCUUUAGUCCCACAGAAUCUUGCGCUUGCCCUGGAGGAAAGACACUUUUACUUGACGUGAAUGCAGCUCUCUGCCCCCUUUGUGGGAAACCCUUUGACAAAACUUUAGAAGAUGCUACUUUAAAUGCGACAACUGCGGCUGAUCAAUCGGGCGCAACAGCAAAUGGCGAAGUGGACGCAGUAACUUCACUUCUGGUAGACGGACUAGUUAUUGUUCCAUCCGAAGCAUCUCUCGAAGAUGAGAUUUUUGCCUCAACACCAGAGAAUGAAAGUAUUAAUACAGAUCCUCCACGUGAGGAAAGACAAGCUGGAAUCAAAAUUCCGGUUGAAAGUGAUUCACGCUCAUCAGUACCACUGCCCUGUCCACCUCUCCUUUUGACGUACUUCGUGCUGAAACGAGAUUAUCGAAAUGUAAAUGAAAUGUCCUUUUCAUUACAUUUUGUGGAAAAUUCUGACCAGGGGAGGGUACUUGAAUCUGUGCGACAUUUGGAGCAACAGCUAGGAAUACCGCUACACGUUGUCUCCCUUGGUGAGCAACAUUCUACUCAAGUAGAGCACAAGCAUUUACACACCCUCUAUGUAAAUGACCAAAUUAUGGUUAAGUUUCAAUUGCUGAGACAAUGUGAAACAAGAUUUACUCUGCAAGAUCAGCCACCCUUCCAGGUACCUUUGAUUCAUAUAAAGUCCCUAUGUCAAGACAGAAUACCUACAUCUGUUGCUCAAGUUCAUGUGACACCUAAUUGUCAACCUGGAGAAGUUUGUCAAGAUCAUAUAAAGAUGACAAUAGACACUGGGCAAACUACUCACAUCAUGUUAAUUCCUAUCUGGUCUUCACUGCCAGCCAAUCCAGGAGAGUAACAAAUGCCCUUAAACCUGCAAGUUCUUGCUCAAGCACACUCACUGAGAAGUCACCCGAGGUCUGAAAAGAAAAGUUAAAGCGAGGAUCACAUUUUUAGAGGUUUUUUUACAGCACAAAAAUUCAUUCUUAUUCUUAGCAUCAUAGAAACCUACACACUUAAUUAAUAGUGUAAAUUAAGUGAUAAGCUGACUUAGGCACACAUCUUGAUUGAUUUUUACUGGUACUUAUGAUCUACUAGUGAAAGGCACAUAGAUGAACUCAUCUUUAACAACAUGUGCUCUCUUUAUCAUAUCAACAAAUAGAUUCCAAGUUGCCUUGAGUCUGUACAGUAACUAGAUCACAGAAGACAUCAAAAUGUAGUAAGAAAAUCAGGUAUGCACUUGGCUGCCUUGUGGGUCAACUUGUCUGUUCUUACCAUAUUUUGAUGUCACUUACUAUGAUCACUAAACAUACACAAGACAGCAUGGAAUCUACUUGCUGAAUACAAACUUUCCUUGCUGAUAUCUGGUGAUUUCAAACAUGAAAUUAUUUCAACACUAGAAAAGUAAACUGUAUGUAUGAAUUAAGAUUAUGUAUAUUAAAAGUUGUCAUAGAAAAGAGCAAUUAAAAAAUGGGAAAAAAAUCAAAUAGGAAUUUAAUUAUUAGCAGAUAAAACUACCUUCUGACUACAUUUGCCUGAAUUUUUACAGAAUUUAACUGAGAUAUGCUAAUGCUGUGUGCCAUACGCGAAUCAAUUUGAACUUGACUUCUUUUCUUUCUAUGACAAUGGAAUUGCAGUAAUUCAGGGUAUGAUUGUAUGAUUGAUAUACAUAAUACACACAUACAUGCAUAAUUAUGUCAUUAAAAACAGUGGCAUUUGGCAAAUAUUCAUGAUGCAUAAACAUUCUGCCUUUUCAUCAAAAAGGUG